CAGAAAUGAUUGCGGCUAUCAGUCUCGAGCUCACCGCCUGGCUGAGGAGGUGAAAGUUUCUCCACAGGAAGAUAAACCGCAAAAGACAAUAUUGUGCAUGAUUUGCGUUCGCAGUUAACGAACGGGAGAGGGGAGAAAGGCGUCCUCAAAAUUUAUAUUGAACGGAGUUUACUAAGCUAUCGUACAGUAAGUAACACCACAGAAAAGCAGUGGUGAGAAUUUUGUGAAUUUUGAUUUUUCCCAAGUCGUUUCAGCGGCAAAAAAGAUGCUUCUGGACGCGGGACCACAGUACCCUACCAUAGGAGUGACUACCUUCGGAUCCUCUAGACAUCACUCAACAGGCGAUGUCACCGACAGAGAAGUGGGGUUGGGGAUAAAUCCAUUUGCUGAUGGGAUGGGCGCUUUUAAAAUCAACCACAGUACCCACGAUCUUGCAUCUGGUCAAACGGCUUUUUCAUCCCAGGCGCCGGGGUACGCAGCGGCAGCGCUGGGGCAUCAUCACCACCCCUCUCAUGUCAGCUCUUAUUCCACCGCAGCUUUCAAUUCCACUCGGGACUUUCUUUUCCGAAAUCGGGGAUUUGGUGAAGCAGCCAGCGCCCAACAUAGCCUGUUUGCCUCUGCCGCGGGAAGUUUUGCGGGGCCCCAUGGACACACAGAUGCUGCUGGACAUUUGCUUUUCCCGGGACUUCACGAGCAGGCGACAACUCAUGCGUCUCCCAACGUUGUUAACAGUCAAAUGCGAUUAGGCUUUUCCGGAGACAUGUAUGGCAGAGCAGACCAGUACAGCCAGGUAACAAGCCCCAGAUCAGACCAUUAUGCUUCGACCCAGCUACACAGCUACGGACCCAUGAACAUGAAUAUGGCUGCACACCAUGGGGCAGGGGCCUUUUUUCGUUAUAUGAGGCAGCCAAUAAAGCAAGAACUUAUCUGUAAAUGGAUAGAACCUGAACAGUUGACAAACCCGAAAAAGUCUUGUAACAAAACUUUUAGCACAAUGCACGAACUAGUAACUCACCUCACAGUGGAACAUGUGGGGGGACCAGAGCAAGCCAACCAUAUCUGCUUUUGGGAAGAAUGCGCACGAGAAGGAAAGCCAUUUAAAGCCAAGUAUAAGCUUGUAAAUCACAUACGAGUCCACACAGGUGAAAAACCUUUUCCUUGUCCAUUUCCUGGCUGCGGUAAAGUGUUUGCCCGAUCAGAAAACCUAAAAAUCCACAAAAGAACACACACAGGUGAAAAACCAUUUAAGUGUGAGUUUGAAGGCUGCGACAGGCGGUUUGCGAACAGCAGCGACCGAAAGAAACACAUGCACGUCCAUACCUCUGACAAACCUUAUCUGUGCAAAAUGUGCGACAAAUCCUAUACUCACCCCAGUUCUCUCAGAAAGCACAUGAAGGUUCACGAGUCGUCUUCUCAAGGACCCCAGCCUUCUCCAGCAGCAAGCUCUGGUUACGAAUCGUCCACCCCACCAACAAUCGUGUCUCCUUCAACAGAAAACCAGAGCAGCAACUCCAUAUCCCCCGCAUCAUCAACAGUUCAUCAUACGUCCAGUCACACAACGCUCUCGUCAAAUUUUAAUGAAUGGUAUGUUUAAAACUAUUUAAACAAACAAGACUGCAGAUCCAUGACUGCUUGGAGUCAAAGACUAAAGCCGCCCAUAAAAGUGGACCGAAAAAAUCCAGAAGAAACCAAAUUUCUUUGUAAAGGCUGUGUAACAUAAAGAGGUACGCAAUGCAUGGACGGGGUGCCAUUAGGCCAAAUGUCAAGUUUAUAGGGCUUCAAGAACUGCGAAUGAGAAAGAGGUCUCAAAUUGCAUGUAUCCGCUGGUAGCGGCCUGUUCUGUAAAUAAAGAUUUAUUAGUUUAAAUAUGUAAUGUUUUAUUUUGUAAAUAGUUAUAUUACAGUUUAAAGGACUUUGUGAAAAUGUGGUCUCUAGGUUUAUGGGAAGGGGAGAUGGUUUAUAAUUAAGCAAAGCGGUUACUAGUCCUGAAUGAAAAGAAUGUUAUAGUCAAUGUGUACCAAAUGUGAAUUACUCUGUAUUACUACAGUCUACACGUCGACCUAAUCAAAUACCAGUAUUAAUGUGCUUUUGUAUACAGUGCAGACAUUUCGUUCCAAAGUCCAGUCUAAGUAGUGAAGUAAACUGUUGUUAAAUGUUAUGUCGAUAAAUCGUAUAGUGAAAGCCUGAAACUCCGUGUCAAUCUGUUUAUGUAAUAAGUGAUAUAAAAGGCAAAAAUAUUAUUAAUAAUAAAACUGUUCAAUACAGUGGCAAUU